AUUGAAAUUUCCUCCCUUCCACCACCCCCCCUCCCUCCCCCCGCCCCGUGUCUGCAGAUAAAGUCUUUAAAAAGAGGCCGGGGACUGGGAGAGGCACUUCCUAACUGUGUGAGGAGGUGAGAGGAGUCGCCCGCCAGCUCUUUGUUUGAAUCCUGAAUCCUGAUCAGGUGCUCGAUAAUACUUUCAAUAAUUCUAAUCAAUAAUCUGCUGCUGCGAUGGCCAGCUCUGGGGCACAGCUGUGCGGCUUCCUGCUCUCUCUGAUCGGCAUGGCGACCACUCUCGCUGCCUCUUUGAUGGUUGAAUGGGAAGAAUUGGUUUCAUUAUCAUCAACCCGGAUUCAUGCGGGUCUGUGGAUGAAGUGUUCCACCACGAAAGACAGUUUCUGCUGUGAAUACCAUGAUUCGUUAAUUGGCCUGGAAGGUUCAAUCCAUGUCACCAGGUCCCUGAUACUGGUCAGCCUCGUCCUCUCCGCUCUGGCUCUGUUCUUCUCCAUAGUUGGAAUGAAGUGCACCCGCUUCAUGGACGGAAAGGACAAGGUCAAAUCCCGUACGGCCAUGUCUGGAGGAAUCAUGCUGAUCAUCUCAGGCCUUCUGACGAUCAUCAUCACCUCCUGGUACACACAAGCGGUUGUGGAGAACUUCCAUCAAACACAGGGUCCACAGAGGCCUGAGUUUGGAUCAGCGAUAUUCAUCAGCUUGACCGGAGGUCUGCUCACCAUGACCGGUGGAGCUUUCCUGAGCUGCCGGCGGUGCUCACGGUCGGAGGCGCCCGGCUCCAACCACAUCAAGCACUACCAGCCGAGCACGCACGCCAACUCCAACUACGUCUAAUGAAGGAGACGCAGGAGGAUCUGACGCUGAAACUCUGCUCUGACUGUUGUUACUGCCUCCGUUCAGAUCGCAGUUUUUCAUGUAACUUUUUUUGUCCAUUAAAGUUGGAGAAGAUUGUUGUUAGAAUCAUGAUGUUUUUCUGCUCCUUUAAAGAGAAGAACCCUGGUUUAUUUGUUCAGAUGAUUCUGUCUUUGUCAACAUUUGUCCUUUAUCUCUUUUAUUCUACACAGUUUUUUGUGUGUGUUUGUGCGUUGAAGGUGUUAAAUUGAUUUCUUGGAAUUCGAGCUGCACUUUGUACUAACAGAUGCUUUAGAGCACAUGUGCCAAACUCAAGGCCCGGGGGCCAAAUGUGGCCCCCAAACCACGGGUUGGGGAUCCCUUAUCUAUACAGUCCUUCUAUUGGAACUGUAGACUUGUAACCAGUACUCAAGUAUAAGUCUGAUGUUUGGAGAGGCUCAGGACGACGCUGGUUUCUCUGUGACACCUGACCACAUUACGUUUCCACGGCGACACCAGAUCAUGUCAGUUAAAGUAUGAGCCAAACUGUAGUAUGAGCCACAGAUUACAGCUGCAGCUUUGUUUCGUUUGGUAUAAGCACUGCAGUACUACUGCAGUACUACUGAAGGGGAAAAUUAGAACUUCUUUUUUGUAAUAAAUUAUUUGGUCAAUCCCGCAGUUUUUUUUUUGUUUGUUUUUUUUUGGUGACUUUAGUCAAUGUAGAGUCGAUCUUCUAAA